AUGGUUAAUGUUGUUGAUGAUUCUGUAUCUGCUAGUUCCUCUGCUAAUUUCAUCCCUGACCCUUCGAGUCCCUUGUUUCUUCUGUCUUCUGAUGUUCUGGGAGUUUCCUUGGUUAGUAACCCUUUUUCUGGGACUGGAUUUGGGGGAUGGAGACAAAAUAUGAUUGUCUCCCUAUCUGCUAGGAAUAAGAUAGGCUUUAUUGAUGGAACAGUUCUCAAACCUCCUGAAAAUUCCCCUCAAUUUAGGCCGUGGGAUAGGUGUAACAAUAUGGUCAUAUCUUGGCUGACCAACUCCCUUACACCAGACAUAGCUGAAAGUGUUCAGUACUCUGACACUGUCCAAAGUAUUUGGACUCAGCUUAACAAAAGGUAUGGUACUGUCAAUGGUACUAAGGUUUUUGAGAUAAAGCAAGAGUUAGCAUCCACUAGUCAAGGGUCUUUAGAUAUAGCAUCUUACUUCAACAAGCUAAAGAAAUCGUGGGAUGAAUUGGGUUUUAUGCGUGCAUCUCGUGGUAGUUCCUGCAUAUGUGCUGCCAAAUCUGAGCUCCGAAGAAAAGAUGAUGAGAACAAGUUGCAUCAAUUUCUCAUGGGGCUUAAUGACACCUAUGUUGGAGUUAGGAGUAAUCUGCUCAUGAUGCAACCUCCUCCAUCUCUAGAAGUGCCUACAACAUCUUGCUUCAGGAUGAGAGACAAAGACAAGUUUCCUCACCAUCCCAAUUCCGUAUGA